AUGCAGCGCGUAUGGCUCCCUAGUGGUUAAUAACACGUUUGCAGAAGCUUUCGACGGCUUCUCAGCCAUUCGGAGCACAUAAAUCCAGGCUUCCCACGGCGGCUGGCGGGAUGGUGUUUGCGCGCUGAAGACGCCACCGCCGUUUAUUUGAGGUGAUCGGAGUGGCGUUGGAAUUUCGUUCGGUCCUCAGUUGGCGCCGCGCCAGCCACCAGAAUCGAUAUGCACUUUGCGUUGGGAGUGGAGUGCGUCAGGCGGCCAAGAAUCUGUGAGAGCGUGUGCCUUUCUCUCCAUGAGCGUCGCUCCGCCUUCAUUUUCGUUGCGAUGAGCCCCCAGGCCCUCUGGUGAUGCAACCAGCAGAGUUGAGCGUUCUUUACAGCACUGUCUUCGAUUGACGCGUCAGAAGAACGCGCGCGCGCCCCAUCGCGACUUGCGGAGACGCAGACGAGCAGAAAAGAGUAGACUCGCGUGUCUGUCUUCUCUUCUCGGGCUGCGCAGAGCGCCUCCGCCUGAGCUGCCUCACGGACAUUUCCCCAUCAUUGUCAAAUGUUUCUUUCGAUGCUUACUUUCACUCUUUUUUUUCUCGACCCCUUGCUUUCCUUUUUCUUUUCUUUUUUUUUUCUCCCUUUCAUAGUGAAACACGCAAUUUUGUGGGUCUCAUUUCGUGUCAGAAAAAAAGGGCAUUAUUUAUUCACCUCUGGUUUGGGUUAACGUAUAAUGGAAGUCUAGAAGUAAUUAAUACAAUUUUGCACGAAAAAUUGAGACUUUUCACUAUUUUUUUCCUUAAUAUUAUGGUGAAUUUUGUUCAUCUUAUUCAUUUCUCAAGCUUGAAAAAAAGUUGAAAAUUUUUAUCAGUAUUUUUUUCAUCUCAAAUUUUUUCCCAUUAUAAAUAUAUGAAUUUCAAGUUUUCACACGAUUUUCAAUCUCCUGUAUGUUUUUUUUAAAUUCAAUCCUUCUUUUUGAAGCAUAGACAAACUCAUCACCAAAAAUAUCGUCCUUCAAGGGAAUUUCCUGGCACGUGUUUUUCUUAAGAACAUCUCUCUUUUUGUCUUGUCUUUCGCUUCGAUUUAUAUGAUUUUUUCUCACAAUAUUCAACAGUAAGAAAUGGUUUUCAGUGCCACGAAAAUGGUCGCGGACGAGGAGGAUGCGCCUCCCGACAAAGACGCGAUAACGAAUUGGAGCGCUCAAGCCAAUGGGACGAAAACCUUCUUAAACUGUAAGAGACAAUUGUCCUUUCGUUCCUUAUCUCGACCUUUUUCAGGAUCUUUUCCGAAUACGAGAUGAUUAAUCACGCGGUCAACCGUUUUCUUUCGUCAGCCAAUCCUCCUUUUCUCCCUCGUCACCGGUUCUUCAACAGGAUUUCUUCUUCUCUUCUUCCACUCAACUUCACCUUUCACGACUACAGUCCACUUUCCGUCAUCCGCUGGUGA